AUGGGUCAGAAACAAUCCAAGUUGUCGCCACAACAACUAGAGGAACUUCAGAAGUCGACGCACUUUGACAAAAAGGAACUACAACAAUGGUACAAGGGGUUCCUGAAAGAUUGCCCGUCGGGCACGUUGACAAAGGAGGAGUUCCAAAAAAUAUACCGACAAUUCUUCCCAUUCGGUGACCCUAGUUCCUUCGCAGACUACGUCUUCAAGGUCUUUGAUUCGGACAAGAGUGGGACAAUUGAUUUUAAGGAGUUCAUUUGCGCUCUCAGCGUGACCAGUCGAGGCAAGAUGGAAGACAAGUUGGAUUGGGCGUUUCAAUUGUACGACAUUGAUGGUGACGGCAAGAUAAGUUACGAUGAGAUGCUGGCGAUCGUGGAGGCUAUUUACAAAAUGGUGGGAUCGAUGGUGAAGCUCCCCGAAGAUGAAGACACUCCUGAGAAGAGGGUAAGAAAAAUCUUCAGGAUGAUGGAUAAGGACGAGAAUGGAAGCCUCGAUAUGGCCGAGUUCAAAGAAGGAAGUAAACGAGACGAGACGAUCGUUUCCGCGCUCUCGCUGUAUGACGGACUUGUAUGA